AUGGAAUCUUCUGCGGUGCGACGCCACUGGAUUGAUAUGGGUGAACCAUUGCAAGCAUUCCACACGUUGUUUUUUCCCUCUACUGCUCCGGUGCUGAUGGGUCAGGUGUCUCGCGCUUUAUCAGGCCUUUUGUUGGGGGAGAGGGAGGGAAGUAUCCCUCCUUUUACGCUUCGAAAGCAGUUGUUGUGCUUCUUGGGGACAUUUCUAUUUUAUUGCAACGAAUUUUGGAUAGGGAGUGUUCUCCCUCUUUCACUUGACGGGGCUCGUUUUGGUACUGUCCGCUUCGUGGGCCGCUUUAUCAAGUCCAUCAGGGUGUUUGUAUUCCAUAUGGACAUUCAUUGCCCCAGCAUUGCCAAUGACACACACACAGACCACGAAGAUGAUACGGUGCCCCAGCUAGGCACGUCUGGUCCUGGCACUCUGCGAUGCAGUGAGCAUAGCUCCGCAAAAGUUCUCCAAGAGGCGAACCUUUGCUGGUGCUUGGUUUCCCUCGAGAAUACAGGAUUCACUUAA